CAGCGUGUUUCGGUAAAGAGCUCGUGGAGCCAUAAAGAGGUCGCUGUACCUGUCGUGCGCUCAGGUCGAUCCGGUUCAAGUAGGUCUACUCUUCGGUCUCAUUUCAGAUUUUUCUUCCUCGUCCGUCUGAGCGCGAGAGGAUCCUUCUGAUUGGCUGCAGCGGGGAUCGAGCUCCUCCAGCCCACCCACCGCUGAUUAUAGGGACGGUUCAGUUUGAGUCGAUUUCCUUCCUCUCAGUGAGUCUGUCAGUCUGUCUGUCUGGGACCUGGCCCCGGCUGAACGCACACUCUCUCAGCGCGCAUCAUGGCAGCUACCCACGGCGAGUACCGAGGCUAUCUGCGGAACACCGUCGACAUGGAGGCCGGCCAGCACCGCUUCCACCCGGUGCAGAGCUCGGAGCCAACGUACCGGCCCCUCCUGUUCGGGACCCUCGCUGUUAUGGGAUUGCUUCAGGUGGCUUCCAGCGUGGCGAUCUUACUACACCUUACUGGGUACCUGCAAGAGGUAGGCUCAGUGACACAGUCUGCAAAGUCAUUUCUGUGCUUUGAAGGAUUACUCAAGCUCUGGUUCAGUGCGUAAACAUUUAUCUCCAAAUGUUGUCAACAGAUCUCUGCUCAGAUCAAAGCCUGUAAAGAUACUGCGGCUGCGUUUGCGCAAUUUUAUAAUGCCAUAAACCGCCAGACGAGUUCUUCUGCUCUGUAAAAAGUUGUCGGCUCGCUUUUAGAAGUUACAGUAGGUGGAUUCAACAGAAAGGGGAAAGAGCCUGAAGAGUGAGCCAGCUCUGCAGAUCUGUGCGCCAAGAUUUCCUGCACUCAUGGCGUCUCUUUGAAGGCGCUGCGCUUUGGCGGCAUGCAGUUGUAACAAGUCUUCCCCCGGCUGUAAAAACGCACAGAUAGCAAUCUUACAAAGCCCCGAUGAGUGUUUCCAAAACGAGCAGAGAUUUCAGCUUGUUUCACAUCAUCCGUUUUAGCGGAGAUAACAUCUCUCUGCAAACUCUCCAUGUAUCGGUCGUGCAAAGAUGUCUUGUUUUUGCAAAAAUGCAGAUGUUUUCACUCCAGAAUCCGGGCUGCUGCUAUUCUUGAGCGUGUUUACAUGCCAUCCGGGGUUGUAUUUGUAAUUCAUACAUGUCAGAAGCUGUAAACUUUGCAAGCAGAGGCUGAACUGGUUCCAGAGAGUUCUGCAGAGGUCAUGGCUAAUCUGUCAUGUUGCAAAAGUCGGAGAUAAAAAUCCAAAUGUCCUUUAACGGUCCAUUACUCUCUUGUCAGGAUUGCUCUCUUGAAAUCUGAGUGUUAGUGAUCUUGUAGAAUAACAUUUACAUUCUGCCUGGGCUGUUUUUCUUAACUGGAUGGCGGUUCUGGAGUUGGAUUAUUGUCGUGUUUCGACAAGCCAAGAGAGCAGACCGCAUCCCGGCUCUGUCAAGAUGCUCCGAGGUCACCUGGGGAGCAUCCGUCUCUCUCUGUGUGUCUCUGUGUUUGUGUGUUAAAUUUCUCUGGCUUGUUUUUGGCAUAAACACGCUGCAGUGUGGUGGUAGCUUGUUAUGUUACUGGAAGGGAGCCAGAGAGGAAAAAAGAAAUAAAAAAAGGGGUAGGAGAAGGAGGAAAAACCCCAAAUAGGAGAAGCGAAGGGAGGAACAGAAUGUUUCAUUGUCCGGAAACUUCAUGCUUACUGUCAUUAAGUCUUUGGAUUGUUCAGAGAGGGAUGCAGGACUGGGUCUGAGACUCUGAGGCAGGAGUUGAAUCCGGUCUCAGGUCAGUCCGGAUUAAGACGCAGCCUUUUUUCUCAGGAUGACAGCUGCAUAUGGUAGCACUCUUGAGCGUGACUCAGUAGCAGAUUGAAGUUUGGCAGCAGACCAUCAUCUGCCCUCAACACCUGUAAGAGCUUCCUGGAGGUGAGGAGGAGAGCUGGAAUCUGCACAGCACCGUGCCUGCAGAGGAAUGUGCUGAUAGAGGGGGGGAUUUAAAAAACUGCUGCUCAGCUUCAGAAGAGAGGAGAGGAGAGGGGGAAUGCAUGAAAACUUUCUGAAAAUAAUCCAUAACAGCGCUAAAAUUCUGAUACAGGAUCUUAACAAGCAUUUUAAAAGUAUUAGAUGGGAAUGGGAUUUUAUCUUGACUUUGUUUGAACAGGGCGUGGCUUUACCUGAAUUCUUUAACGUAGUUAUUUCCCGGUGUCAUCCUGAGGAAAGCCACACCUCAGCAGUCUUAUAGAAAAUGGUUCAAAGAGCAAACUGAGCUUUUUUUGGUUAAGAAAUUCCCGCCUGUAUUGGAGGAAUUGUUCCAGCCAGAUUUUGGUCGUUGCUCAUGAGACUAAACUCCACUUUCAAAUGUGCAUUUUUGACCGUUUGAAGUCGUGCUUACGGCGGCUUUUCGCUCUGUAAUAAAGAACAAACAAUAGGUCCUCAGAUCUCACAAACUUUCGCCUGCUGCUGCAGAGGAAUGCAGACUGACGUGGAAAAUAACUCAGCCUCCCACUCCCACACGCAAACACUCUUGACUGACUGUGCUUGUCUUCCUGUGAGGCUGUAUCCCUCCCUCACACACCUGUCAGAGAAACAGAUAGUGCUCAUAAGAAUCAAUGAUACUGUUUUAAACUUUGACCUCUCUGACCUCUGCUCCUGUGUGUUUUUUUUUUCUCCGCAGGUAGAUUUAUCCACAGCGCCGCAUCGACCCAUAGAGGUGAGUUUGACCCCGAGGUUAACCUCAUUAGCACGACACACCCUCUGAGUGCAGCCAGUUUAAGGAACAUGAACAUGAUUUCUUUCCCUGCUACAAAACUUCAACAUUAGUCUGUCUGAAAACUUUCUUUUCUAAAGUUAAAGAUCUAAAUUUAUGAGGUUGGAUGUUACAAAGACUCUUCCAAAUAAAGAUCCAACAGAUUUGAUCUUGUUGAACACGGUUGGUUGUGUUUCACCUAAAAGGAAUGAUAAAUCACCAUGGGCUGCAAGAAUAAGGCAGAAUGAUGCAGGAAUUAUGAUCAAAUACUCUGAUCAGCCUCUCUUUAAGUUUCGGCCUCUAUUAUUUUUGGGUGUACCAAGGGAUUAUAUCCUUAGUGCAUAAAACAGACAUUACCACCAUGGUGCAAUCCAUUCAUUUCUGGACUAGUACCUAGAAGCUUCGGGUCUUUUAUGUUAAAGGCCUUGUUUAGAUGAAACAUUGUGAAAUCUAGGUGCACAUAGAUCCACAAAAACAUAUGAAAACACUAGAGUGAAAACGCAACGCUGACUGGGAGUGUAAUAUGCACGUGAGAAUGGGGUUGGGAUUCACAGGAACCAUGUGUUACCAGUUUAUGCAGCAACAGACAGGCAGCGUUAGAUUUUACUUUAGGACCUGGUUUCAGAAGUUUGUAUUUUCAGCUGCUCCGAUUGGUGUUUGUGUGUGAAAUAAAAAAGGCAAAAUGUAGCCACAGUUUGAAGUUGCCCUGCCUCCAAAGUGAAGAUGAACUGUCAACCAGUCAGUCAAUCACAGGUAGCCCUGCCUCAUAUACACCCUUUCUUUCUGGUCUUUAUGGUCUUUUUUGACUCUGAAUGUGACCGUGAUUUACAAAAUAAUCAUCGUACUGUCAUGAAGAAGAGAGCAAACCAAAAAAUCAAGUUCAUGAACUCAUUAGGAAAAUAUUUACUGAGGGAAUAAAUCACUGAGAAGUAGCUCUAUGUUGUCAUAGACUUCUGUACAGUCAGACUUCUUUUGCAACCAGUGGAGCUGCCCCCUAAUGGCCAAAUCUAAUAAUGCAGGUUAAACACCUUUUGGCUGUUUUCACUUUUACACUGUGGUUCGGCAACCAUCAUUACACCUUUGUACUUACCAUUGGCAUUUAUAGACGGCAUAAUAAUGGUGUCUCAAUGCCCUCCAGGGAUUAGAGAAGUAUUUCUAUUUGCAUAAUGGAUACAAAUCGUGCUGCCAGGCUCUUAAAAAGCACCUACCUUAUAUGUAAAUCCUGGUAAAAGUGAGACACACCUUUAGAAAACAUUUUUUUAUAAUCCAGACAGAUUGCAACCAUUGUAUUUAUCCGUCUCCAAACUGAAGCCAGAUUUAAAUUCUGGCUGAUUGCUCAGUGACAUGUUGGUAAAAGCAGGAAAGUAACAGUUAGCCAAAAACGAUUUCAAUGCUCCAAAGCAUAUCAGGUAUUUCUCUCCUGUCACUGUGAGAAGGGGGUGUACAGUAAGUGCGAUGAUGCAGUUAUGUUUUGAAAAGAGAAGAGUUAAAGCAGCACUAAAUAAAUAAGAUUUUAAUCUACUGCUCUGACAUUCGUCAUGAUUUCCCCAUGGGUGUGUUUCAGCACAUACCACAGCUUCUGUAAAGCAAAACACUGAGCCUCAGGUGGUCACACGGGCUGAUGAGAGGUCAGACCGCAGCGGGAAAACACCUCUCUGACUUUUGAUUUGCAGGAAAAUGAGCCGUAAUUCAGCUUUUUUUUUUUCCACACGGUUUGAUUAUUUUCUCACCGACACUGUGCUCGGAGAAGUUUGCUGCAUCCUCUCUCUAUGAGUCACCCUCUGGCGUCAGCGGUUGCAGAGUCGCUCUGAUGAUCAGCAGUAGCAUGAGAGAGUUGUAAAAUAAGAAUUCUUAAUUGCUGAAGUCAUAUCUUUCUCUAAUCCCUGUUUGGAAGUCGCCGCCCCAUUUUGGCACAGGUUUUCGCAGAGCAAAGGCGAAAUCCAUCCAGGAAGUCAAACAGAAGAGAAUAAAAGCGCUGCUUUGCCUCACCGGUGUUUGGUUUCCCAUUAUGCUUUAAUUUCCUUUGAAAUUAUGCAUUUGCGUUCGCUCUGGGAAUCCCUGUUGGAGCUCUUACCCAAACCACCCAGCCUGAUGUUGGACUGAGGAGCUCAUUGUGUCGUUGGCCCUCGGCUGUUUCCCAUGGAGCUCUGGGAGACGUGCUGGGAGCUUUAUGAGGUGUCUGGGUGACAGGUCCACUUGGCCCACACUGUGUUGUGUUAGGGUCAGCUCUCAGACCGCCGCUGACAGUUCAGAGGAUUUGUUAGAGAGCAGGCCUCGUCGGGGCCGCUGUCAGCUUUGAUGUGAGGCAGGAUGUACAGGACGGGCCUCCGCCGGGCUCGGGCUGUGGUCAGCGCGAUGGCGGGAGUGGUGAGAACAGGACGGUGAUUCAGACCCGGCUCAUGACCCCAGUGUUUAAAGUCUGAGCAGAUUGGUGAGAGAGGGAGAUCUAAAUGAUGAAACGCAAAGAGACAAACGGCUUUGGUGGCCGAGUUGUGAGUGAGAGGACUUUUGUUCUUUUGCAGCAUCUUAGAAACCACUCAUCAACAUAAUGGAGACGUUGACUGAUGAAUGUGGUGCGUAGUUAUAGGGCUGAGUUGAAGCCUGCAUGCUCGGUGGAAUUCAAGGAGCGAGCAUGUGAAAUCAAGUCAGGCGUAGCUGCGCGAUUAUUUCAGGCAGACUUUGUCCUUCCUGUAGCAGCUCCGUCUGCUGCAGAGUCACUGUCCCCCUGCACAGCGGGAGGCUGCUGAGCUGCCCCGACUUUGUCCUCUCUCUCUGGUUGAAGAGGUAUGACGCGGUCGCACCACAAAUCAAGAUAGAUCCCACAUUGCACAGCUAAUUUGGAGAGCGUUCACAAUCACUCUGCAGGCCUUGGCAGGACGAUGUUUACCCCCGUCUCAUUCCAAGACGCAGCGCCAUAAACAUCUUUGUGUUGCAAAUUGUUUUUGGAGGACAGACGGAGCUAAUUUUAGUUUGUAAAUUUGUCUAGACUUGGCUUUUGGAUAAAUACUGGACAAAAAUAUUAACACGGUGCAGGUGCAGGAUUGCAAAACACAGCUACCCUGAUGGUGUUGCUUGUGUCGUAAGUCAGUACGUUUAAAGUUUUUAUCCAGCACUUUCACUUUUUUUAGCUGUUGGCUCAGAGCAAAGAUGAGAUUAUGUCUCACCUACACCUGAGAUCAGUGGAUCAGGGGAAAUGAGUCAAACUAAGAAACAAGUCGAAGCAUCUUUUGGAUGUGAUACAACCAGACGAUAAAGUGUAUUUUGGAGAUGUGAGACCAACUUGCACCCGUGCAAACUUUGAAAAAAAUACCUUCUUAUCUUCUUAUCACAUUUGUAGUUGCAUCAGAAGUUUUCACCUCUAACUUAUCUCCAAAUUAUUCGCACAACCGUCACUUUUCAUAGACCUGCAGAAACGAAACCCUUACUAAGGUUUUCCCCUUUUGUCGUCUCAUUUGUUCAAGAGAUAGUCCAUACAGAGAAAGGCUAGCAGCAAAUUCUCACAUUUAAGCAGCAGGAAAAAGCAAAUAUCUGACAUUUUACUCCAAAAUAACCCAGACAAAAGAUAAUCAAAGAGUGUAGCAAAUCCUUCCUUUCUUAUUCUUGCAGCUCUGAAUUGUUGCAAGCCUCUAAAACUUAUUGCAUCCCCAUCAUCCCUGAGACCUCCUGUGUGAGAGUCAGACCGAAGGUGGAAUCAGAAAACAAAACACGCCUGAUAUUUUCAUUUCAUGCCAGAUGUGUUACAGAGUUGGCAGCUCUGGCGCAGUAACUGUUUACUUGCUUGGAGACCAUGUUUUCUCUCAGUGUAUAUGCUUCGUCUUGCCUGAGGACGGCAGACUGCGGAUGACGGCGCCUUGAAUAGAAUCAACUCUUUGGCAUCUGAAUACGGUCCAAGAAAGUUUUGAUGCCAAAUCCUUGAAAAGAGCAAUCUAUCUGAAAGGUUACACUCAGCGGGAGGCCUCUCUGUCACAGCCCGCAGCCUUGAAAUACAACAACAGCAGUAAAAUAAAGUUAGCAGCCCAUGCACGCUGAAUUCAAACACACACACACACACGCGUGAUUGUACAAAAGCAGAGGGUUAUUCAAAGAGACAGCCGAGCCAAGCAGUGGUAACAAACGUCAAAAAAUGUUGAUACCUUAGAGCGAGUCGUUUCGAUGUAGUUUAAUCGCUGAUUGCUUCAUUGAGGUUUUUCAUUCACAUUCAAAGUUUGAUGAGAUUUCUCCUUGUUUUCCAUAGGAAGUGCAGACGGAGCCGGUGCUGAACGCUCUGAGAGACCCGAGGAAACCCAAACGGUGCAAAGCUUCUAAGGAGAGCCUGCCGUCAGCCCAUCUACCGAUCAAAACGCACCAAGAGUACUCAAAGAGUGAGUUCAGAUGAAGUAGUUUUACAUUUAUCUGGUCUUUGAUGCUUUAUACGAUUUAAUGCAGAGGUGCAAAAAACUGCAGUUCCUUAAGUGUCCACUAGAGGCUGGUUGCAAAAGCUACCAAUUCCCAAUAAGAGUCCAAAAUACUAUGUUCGCAGCUCAGUAUACAGAACAGUUGUAGCAUAUUUAUUUGUUCUUUGAGACGUUUCAAGCACUAAAUCGUACUUUCAUCAUCUGUUUAGAAAAGAUAAAGAGUAAAAGUAAAGCACAGUUUUGCAUUAUGAGAGGCGUUGACAGACAGGUUAAGAUGGUAGCUGUCAGAUCCUUUCGUUUUGUCACUUUGUUCGUUUUCGCUCAUGAUUUUAGAGCAUGCAGAGUGCUCUUUACUGUCAUUGGUUAAAGAGAAAGAAAACCUGCAUGCUUCACUUUCUGUUAGGAGGUCAACAGAUGUAACCUUGAUGGUUGUUUAUGACACACAACACUCAGUAAUAUGAGCAGUUUUUAGGGCUGACUGGUCAUGAAUAUGUAGACUCACUCAGUAAACGUUGAUAUGCUCUCGCUAUAGUUUGACCUCAAAUGCCUCUAGAAACCAGUGGGUGAUGACGUGUUUUGGGUGGGGAGCAGAACAGACUCUAUAAAACAUGGAUGUAUUCCCAGUGGGAUCUGAAGCCAUGUAAUAGUGGUCGCCAUAAUAUAAAUGCUCACUCAGCCCGACUCUAGGUGAAUUAUGGUAAAGAGGUGGAUCUUAAGCUCCUCCCCUGACAGCUACUGUAUGCCCACCUGUCAGCUCAACUAUGAUAACUAAUGAGUGACCAAAAAAGUUCAACCCAGAGGAGAAUUGAGCUAUUCAGCAUAAAAAUACUUUUUAAACCAGGCUGUAAACAUGUUUAUUUUUAGUUUAAAAAAAUGGGCUUUUCUGUCAAAGUGUGUAUGUGGUUUCUGGCGCCAAAGGAGUCAGCCUCAAGUGGACACUCAAGGGAUUACAGGUUUUUUUUUUUAGCGCACUCACGUUGACUUCAUUUCUCAAAAUCAAGGCUGCUGCUUGGAAAGGGUUGGGAAUUAAACCAGUAGCUACUGUGAUGAAGACUGCUGCCUCUGGGCCACUGAAGCAAUUUAAACCAGUGUUACUCAGUGCAUCUUUUUUGCAUGGUGCACUUGUUUGCAAAGUCAAUGCAUUGAUGCUAAUAACAGAGCACAGCACUAAGGAGAGCAGUUGUAUCUUCUAGUUUGGGAUGACAUGCCUCAGUGUUAGGAUUUCCUAUUCACUCUGAGAUUGCAGCAGGAAUGGGAAUCACAUCUAAGGAGCAUUUAAAAGCUGUUGGCUCAUCAUCUUGCAGAUAAACCUGACAAAGCUUGAGUUCAUAAUUUGAGAGCUUUAAUUGCAAAUAUAUUAUGACAGAAUCUGAUUAUUUUGAAGUAAACUAGAUUGUAGUAAGAGCAGUGCACAAUUUGUUCAGAAUUUGACUCAGGUUUGGUCUGCUCUCCAAUAAAAGACGAUAACCAAACAUGUCUUUUCUCCUCUUUUUUCCAAGAAGAGGGUGAGAAGACGGCCGUCACUAUCGACUGGGAAGACGUGCACGCAUGCUGCCACAAAAUGGACUACAAGAGGGGGAAACUGCUGGUGAGGGAGUCUGGUUUCUACUACGUUUACUCCAAAACCUGCUUCCGUUACUACGCCAUCACACCGGAGGACGGCACGCCGGCGGUGGAUGUCAGUAACACUCAACUCAUCCAGUACGUCUACCACGAGAUCAACAAACACAACAGCAAGGCGGUGCUGCUGAUGAAGGCGGGCAGCACCAUGCGCUGGAACAAUCAGAGCUACAACAUGUACUGUGCUCAGCAGGGCCGGGGGGUCCGGCUGGAGCAGGGGGACGCUCUGUUUGUCAACGUGUCCAACGCUUGGAUGCUGGACCCUGAGGGAGAAGGGACGUAUUUCGGGGCCAUAAAGUUGGGCAACUGAAAGUUAAACACACGGGGAGCGGACAUGCUACUGAACAUUUAAAAUGCCAAAGAACCACUGAUUUAUGAUGUCAAUUUGUCAAAAAAAAAGUGUUUUUUUUAUCGUACACAUGUUGAUAUCUUUAUUUUGUCCUUCACCAGACAGCCGUGGAGUCACUUUUAGCGACUAAUGGAAAAGGAAGUCACCUUUUAAGACUUGUCUAGGCACUUACACCCAAAAAUGAGACACACAGCUCUCAGCUAAAUAGCACUGGACUAUUUUUAGACUUUUUAUAACGUCUUGACAGACUCUUUAAAUACCUUCUUUUUUUUUUUUUGCUGUUUGUAUUGGAGCUUCUCGAUACAUUCCAGUUCAGAUUUCAACAAUAAGACCUAAGCAUGGACGUGUGUUUAUGCGCUUAUUAAGCAAACCAUAAAGGGAGCAACUGAGGGAGUAGUUUUCUGGCAGAAAGAGGCAGUGAGAAAGGAUUUAUCAAUGUUGAAUGUUGGAAAAAAAAAAAAGUCCCAAAAAAGAGCACUGAAGCUGGAAGAGCAUCUGUUUUUACUUAGCAGAUUAUCGGAGAAUAAAAACAUCAAAACUCUGAAUGCACAGAUGUUUCCCUGAAAGAUUUUGCAAGUGUGAACAAGGAAAGAAAUGAGGCGUCCUCACAGUAAGUAAGUCAUUGGUAUGAUCCGAAAUAGGCAGAAAGAUUGAGAAGUUUUAACACCCACAAAAUCUCUGAGGCACAGUUUUAACUUAAUGAUAUAGUCUUUGGCUUGGACUUUGUUUUAAGCAACAAAACCUUUAAAAAAAAAAAAAAUGCUCCAAAACCUCCAGAUUUCUGUCUCUUAAAAACCCUACGAGUGGCCUGCCUCACUGAGAGCGACGUACACGACAAUGUCAUUGAAACCUGCAGAGUUAAUGACAUCUGUUUGUUCUUUUUAUGACAAUCAACAGGUGAUGCAGAUAGCUGGACUGUCUGACCACAAACGACAUGAAUAGGCUCUUGUCUUCUUUAAACCAGAGGAACCAAAUUGAGUUUGGUUCGUCUUUAACUUAAAUUUUUUUGUUUUUCAUUUGGCUCUUCACUGAGGUAAAUGGGAAUAUGCACUAAAUAUUUAUUUAUUAGCCAAAGAAGUACAGAGUGAGGUCAUUGUUAAAGUGACCUUUUGGCUGUAGAAAUCAUUUAUAUUUUGUGUCUGUAUGACAUUCAUUACGCAGCACUUAGAGGAAAUAGUAGACACGCUUUUUGUUAUUCAAACACAGGGGCUUCAUUUUAAAUUCCAUAUUUAUGUAUCUUGAUUUUGACAAUUCUGUGUGCACUCACCUAGCCAAAAGCAAUAUGGAUAUAUUGUUCUUCUAUAAGAUUGUAGCAUACCUGUAAGAUUUUCAUCUGAUAGACUUUUUUCCCGUUCAGUGUUCUUUUUUUAUUUAUGUUUCUGUAUGUUUUAAUAAAAAAAAACUACUUUUGUA